ACUCAACAGACGAAGAAGAACUGCGCAUGCGUGUAGUAUCAUGGUAGCACUGGCUGUACCAGCUGGGGAAGUUGUGAAUUAUUACAUAGUAAAGUUUUAAUGAUGAAAAUGGGUUAUUAACUCGUCAUAGUUUUUAUAAGUUUGAAACAAUACACAGGGAGUAUAUCAUACAGAAACUGAAGGAAAAUCAUGACAGCUAACGAGGAUCAAGAGAAGCUAUCAGGACAAGCUGCUGUUGAUACCUGACGAACCUCCUGUCACUCCCUCACUUCUUCAAUCACAGAUGGAGUUGGAGGCUCUUCGCUCCAUCUAUGAGGGGGAUGAGUGUUUCAAGGAAAUCAGUCCAGUUUCCUUUCAGUUUAGGAUAGGAGAUCUCGAGGACACCAAAGCGUUCAUCCUGGACAUCACAUGGCCAGAGGCUUACCCUGAAACGGCCCCGCAAAUCUCCCUUGACGCCUUUUUCAACAACAGAAUCUCUACAGAGACGAAACAGCAGAUCCUGUCAAAGCUGGAGGAGCAGGUGGAGAUUAAUCUGGGCACUGCAAUGAUGUACACUCUGUUUGAGUGGGCCAAGGAGAACCAGGACGCUCUAAUGGAGAACCACAAGCCUGUCACUGCUGUGACCUUGACGUCCAGCAGUGAGAUGACAACUACCAACUCAACCGCCAAGAAGAAGGAGAAGAAGGAGCAGCUGACUAAAGCUCAGAAGAGGAGGAUCAUCAGCAGAACUGAUAACAAAGGGGAACUGCCAAGAGGUUGGAACUGGGUUGAUGUUAUCAAACAUCUGAGUAAAACAGGAGGAAAAGAUGAUGAGUAGGCCUGAGGGCAGUGAUCUGGUGCUGCUUUAUACAAGGAAGUGCAGUGAAGUCUGGACUCAUUGCAGCCUGUUGAUGCUGCUACUCCCGUCUAGAUGCCUUCACAUCCUUCAAUUUCAACAUUUAACACUCAACAUGGCUACUUCCACCCUGAGAACCAAAGCGGGCUGGAGAGCGGUGGACUUCAGGACUCACACACACUUCCAGCUAAACUGAGACUUUGGGCUGGGAAUUAUUAGAAGCCCUUUCUGUGUUUUAUGUGUUUGUGGUGUUUGUGGAAUGUAGCCGGGGGAAGAGGAACACAUCAUCAGAUUUCGUUCAUCAUACACAGUUUGCACUCAAAUAUUCUGCUCAGUCACCCAUCAGGGUGGAGUGUGCUUGCGAUACUUGCUGUCACUGCCAUGUUUUCAGUCUGUGCGAUUAGGCCCAGCUGCCACUGGAGCCAUACAUGUUGGAUUGUGGUUCUAAAUGGAUGUGUCAAAGUGUCAAGUAGCAUCAUGUUGUUACUUUAAGGUGUCAUGUGACUUUGUGAAAGCAGAGAAAUUUUUGAUAUCACGCAAAAUGUUACUCCUUUCACCAUUUUCUUAUUUUGACGGAUGUUUCUUUUUUCCUAUGAAUUGAAAACCUUAAAAAUUUUUAUAUAUAAAUAAAACCGCAUUUGGUCUACUGCUUGUCUAAUAAUGUAAUUUACCAUUGGUUUGAUGAAUUGUGUGAGAUUUAAGAGUAUGAGUGCUUUAUUCAUGUGAAUAACUAGUUUCUCUGCAGCAGUUUUGUGUAUGAACAUAGAGUGCAUUGGCAAAGAUUGACAUCUGUCUUCAAAGUGAAGCACUUAAUUGUAUAACACAAUUCACCAGUUCUUGUAUUAAAUCUAUAGCAGGGGUGUUUUCAGGCUACAUAAUUCAGUUGCUUGCUACUGUCCUGAAAGUGUGACGUUACAAAAUUGUACCUGAGUUACAAAGGACGUGGAGGGAUUUUUGCUUUCAAAAUAAAACAAAAUCUGAUAAUUGG